CUUUAAAAAAGUUAAUGGCUUUAAAUAUUUAGGGAAAGGAGGGAGUACGAUACAACCACUACCAAAAUUACCGAUCUCACUCCAAACUAGAACUCCUCUCUCUCCUCUCCCCGACAGCCGACAGCAGCAGCUGCGGAGGCUGCCGCGAGAAGCCUCCACUUCGCCGCGCUCUCCACUUUUGCAGCACAUGCCGCCCCCAACCACUCCAUGCCAUCAUUCACUCCUAAAGCGGCGCGCCACCUCCGGCGCAAGCCAACAAAUGCGCUCGCCACGCGCACGCCCGCCAGCAGCAACCACUUCCCACUCACCACGCAUGCAGCCGCCGCCAAGAACCCGCGAUCCGGCCAUCGCCAUCGCCGGCGACGGCGCGGCGCGGCGAGGUCCCCCGCCGAUGCAGCCGCCCGGGCCGCCGCCGGUAAGGCAUGGUCCGCCGCCGGUGCGGCAGCAGCACGGCUACUACUACGAGGAGGAGCAGAGGCCGCUGCACCUGCACGUGAGGACGGCGAGGUCGUCGUCGUCGGCGCUGGCGUCGUGCCUCGUGGCGGCGGCGUUCCUGGCGCUGGCGGUGGGCGGGGCGGGGGCGGCGCUGUUCGUGCUGUUCCGGCCGCGCCCGCCCGACAUCGCGGUGGCGGCGGUGCGGCUGCCGGCGUUCGCGUCCGGCCCGAACGGCACGGUGGCGUUCACGUUCGAGCAGACGGCCGCCGUGCGCAACCCCAACCGCGCGCCGCUCGCGCACUUCGACAGCUCGCUCCGCGUCGCCUACGCCGGCGGCGAGCUCGGCUCCGUCUACAUCCCCGCCGGCCUCAUCGACGGUGGCCGCACCAAGGACAUGUCCGCCAGCUUCGCCGUCCCGGCGUUCGCCGCGGCCACCCCGCCGUCGCUGCCUCAGGAGCAGAUGGCCGCCGCCGCCGCCGCCUCGGCGCAGCAGCAGCAGCCGGCGGCGGCGGCGGCGGUGAUGGAGGUCGACUCGCUGCUGGUGGUCAAGGGGAGGGUGACCGUGCUGCGUGUGCUGACGCACCACGUCGAGGCGGCCAAGGUGUGCCGCGUCGGCGUCUCGCCGGUGGACGGCAAGGUGCUCGGCUUCCGGUGCUGAACACCACUAUGGAUUUGGAUUUGGAUGAAAUCCAAAUUAAGCCGAAAUUUUGCGGGAAAGAAUGUAAUUUAAUUUAAAUUCUGCAGAAACCAAGCAUUCCCGUUAAGUUUCUGAGCUCCAAACUGGUGGUGUAAUGGUAGAUGAUGAUAUACUAUGUAAUAUGUUCCAUUCUUAAGACACGGUGAAAUACCAGAGUAUCAGUAGCAUUUUAGCUCAAAGGUAUCAUCAAGGUUGUUCAUGUUCUACAUCAAGAUAAUCUCAAGUUGUUGCAUGUAAAAAAUAUCAUAUUUAGCAUAGCAUUUGAGCUCAAGACAAAUAGGCCCUUCAUACUUAACGUUGUUCUAUCUCAAGUUG